UGAGGCGUAGUUGUUCGUCGUUGUCAGGUUGUCUACACUCUACACUCUCAAGCCUACAGUCGUCGCCGUUGUUGCUGAAAAAGUAGUCGUCGAGUCUGUUCAACUCUGUUGUCACGUCCGCUUGUCAUUGUUUUUGAUCUCCUGAGUUUCCAUAGUUAUUUAACAACUCCGAGCCAACAUCAAAUUUCAAACGUUUAAUUCAACAUAUUAUUCUAAGGCUCAAGAUGCAAAUCUUUGUGAAAACUCUGACUGGCAAAACCAUCACUUUGGAAGUAGAAUCUUCGGACUCUAUUGAAAAUGUGAAAGCUAAAAUCCAAGACAAGGAAGGAAUCCCACCAGACCAACAGCGAUUGAUCUUCGCCGGAAAACAAUUGGAAGAUGGCCGUACAUUAUCUGACUACAAUAUUCAGAAAGAAUCUACACUUCACUUAGUACUCCGUCUUCGUGGAGGAAUGCAAAUUUUUGUGAAAACUCUUACUGGCAAAACCAUCACUUUGGAAGUAGAAUCUUCGGACUCUAUUGAAAAUGUGAAAGCUAAAAUCCAAGACAAGGAAGGAAUCCCACCAGACCAACAGCGAUUGAUCUUCGCCGGAAAACAAUUGGAAGAUGGCCGUACAUUAUCUGACUACAAUAUUCAGAAAGAAUCUACACUUCACUUAGUACUCCGUCUUCGUGGAGGAAUGCAAAUUUUUGUGAAAACUCUUACUGGCAAAACCAUCACUUUGGAAGUAGAAUCUUCGGACUCUAUUGAAAAUGUGAAAGCUAAAAUCCAAGACAAGGAAGGAAUCCCACCAGACCAACAGCGAUUGAUCUUCGCCGGAAAACAAUUGGAAGAUGGCCGUACAUUAUCUGACUACAAUAUUCAGAAAGAAUCUACACUUCACUUAGUACUCCGUCUUCGUGGAGGAAUGCAAAUUUUUGUGAAAACUCUUACUGGCAAAACCAUCACUUUGGAAGUAGAAUCUUCGGACUCUAUUGAAAAUGUGAAAGCUAAAAUCCAAGACAAGGAAGGAAUCCCACCAGACCAACAGCGAUUGAUCUUCGCCGGAAAACAAUUGGAAGAUGGCCGUACAUUAUCUGACUACAAUAUUCAGAAAGAAUCUACACUUCACUUAGUACUCCGUCUUCGUGGUGGAAUGCAAAUUUCUUAAACUGUUAACAAUUGAUCUUUGACAAAAAACAACUGGAAAGCUGUAUAAGCAUAAACUUUUUACUUGAUGCUACACCUUUGAAAUAAAAUAAUAGGUUUUUAGUAUAUAUUACACAAAUAUAAUAAAUUAUAAAAU